AUGCGGACUGGGGAUGCUUCAAAUUCCUUUACAACGUCUACUGCUAAACCAUCUUCUGCUGCUAAACCGCCUUCUGCAACUAAACCAAGAUCAGUUCUUCCUCAGAAAUGUACGACUUCUGCUGGUGUUGCCCAUAGUUCACUAAAUCAGAGUAGUUUUGAGAAAGGUGACUUGCAAUCCACUUUAUUAGAUGGAGAUAAAAUUAGUCGACCGGACCUUGAUCUUUCAGCUAUUAAUGAUAAAACUGUUUGCAAAAAGACUCCUAGUUCAAACUCUGCUUGCAAAGGAGAUACAGGGACACAAAAAGCCAAAAAGGCGAAGGGAAAGGAUUCUGGUACUCUGGAAGAGCUGGAGUCUCAGACACUGCUUUUAACAUAUCUAAGGAUAAAGGCAGGAAAAAAUCUUGCUGAGCUGGAGAAAAAAGCAGAAAAAAACUUGAUCAUGUUGUGUGAAGAAAAGGAGAGACAACAGGAGAAGCUCUGCAAGUUGAAGCGUGAAAUUCUACUCAAAGAGAGAGAGCAGAAACUUGAUGAUGCAUUAGACAAACAGAUGGAAGUACUUGCUCCCCUUGUUCCUGUUUGUGAACAGUUUAAAGAGCAGUAUAAAAGCUUUGCAGUUGCCCUGGAUGCCACUAGACAUGAAUUACCCAUAAAGAAUAUCCACAUAGAAGGAGAUAUGCUAACAUACCUUGAUGAACUACAAAAGCAGUUAACUAUCACACAGGAACUUCUGACAGAGGUUAUGCCAAGCUACUCAGAAGAAAGUGCAAAAGCAUGUAGUGUACUGAAAGAGCUUAAAGAAACGUCUCAGAAACUGGAUAAAGACCUUCAAAGGAGCUUCACGCAAGUGCAGAACCUGUCGUUUGAAGUUAGUAAAGAAGUUUCUCUGCAUAAUCAGAGAAUAUGUGAAGAGAAUCAUGGACUAGAUGUUGUCAAACACUGGUACUUCGACUAA